CCAUCGACAGUAGCAUCUUCAGUUCUUCCGUGAAUCUUCACCAAACAACAAGUGGUGCUGACCUGCUCCGUUUGAGUUCCUGGUUCCAAACGCCAACAAGUGUUUGAUUUGAAACUUACACGCUCAACGCCAUCGGUUUUCUUUUCAGUUCUCCAAUCGCAUUUUGGAUCUUUCUCCAAUCAAAACCAAAGUUUCGAAGAGCAAACAAAACCCCCCCACACACACGCAACAAAAUGAGACUGGCACUCAUCGUUUUGGCGCUGGCCUGCGCAGCUAUGGCCGAAGAGAAGGUGGCCGAGGCUCUGCCCGCCCCUGCUUCACUGGCCGCUGAACCCGUGGCCGAAGCCGCUGCCCCGACCGCCGUCGAACCCGAGGCUGCCGCUUCGGCUCCCGAAGCCAGCAAACCGGGCAAAUCUUCGCGUUCCAACGAUCAGGCUCCGAAGGUCUACUACGCUCGUCCAGCACAGCCUCAAGCUGCUGCUCAAUCACGUGACGGAGCCCAUCACCACGAUCACGGCCAUGGUCAUCACGAACACCACGCCGCUCCCGCUCCCAUCCAGUACUCUCAACCAGCUCCGCAAUCGUACGAAGCUCAGCCAUCUUACGAUCAGGCUCCCCAACAGUACGCCCCUCAAGCCCCUCAACCUUACGAACAGCAGCCGGCCCAGCCGUACAGUGCGCCAGCACCUUCUUACGAUGCGGCUCCUCAAUACCCUCAGGCACCAGCCCAGGCUUACAGCGCCCCAGCUCCCUCUUACGACCAACCGGCCGCUCCCGCUUACUCGACUCCCGGUCACCAGGGUUACUAUUACUACUACUACUACCCCGUCAAGGAUUCUAAGGUCAAGCUCAAGUUGCCCAAGUUGCCCAAAAUGCCCAGCCUUCCCAGCCUUCGUCUGCCUGAAUAUUACGGAAAGGACGGCGGUGUUUCAUCGGUCAAGAGUUUCGGCGUUGCCGCCAUCACGGCCGCUCUGGUCGGUGUAGGAGCUUUCCUUUCGCUGCCCAUCAUCGGUUUGGGAGUCGGCAAACGCUCGUUCAACAGCCUGUGGGAAUCCGAGUACUUGAGCCGCGACAACCUCAACGUCUUGGCUGAAUACAUCAUCAACAUCGUUGAUAACUACAAGCCCAGCAACCAAUAACAACAAAGAAGAAAUUAAUUCAUCCCUUUUUUUUCUAAUUAUUAUUAUUAAUUUUUUUCUUUAUUGUUGAAAAAAAAAAGAAGUUUGGGUGAAGGACGGGCGGGACGAAUGACACGACCAGGAGUUUUCAUUCGAUUUUUUCCCCUAAUAUCUUUUUUUUUUUUUUUAUUUUUUUGAUUAAAAAAAAAAAAAAAACUAAACAAUUCCAGUACGUAUCGUUAAAGAAUAAUCGUCUUAGUCCUCGACUUUUCCCUCCUGAUUUUGUUUUAACCUCCAAUUUUUUUUUUUUAAUUCAUUCUCUGACUUUUGACGACACGACAUUGACGAACGAAAAAAAUCUUUCAUUCAAACGGACGGAAUGGGAAAAGACGAAAGUGUCCCCAAAAGUCAUUCUCUUCCACUUCUCCUCAAUCUCCGGAAACGGAUUUUUUUGUUUUCCUUCACGAUAUUAGGAGACCACAGGACCCACAUGCAAAACAAACAACAACAAAAAAACAAGUGGCAUUUGAUCGGCAGUCAAAAUUUAAUUUAUAACUGAAAAAGAAAAGAAAAAAAGAAAACGAAACAUUUUGCAUUUGAAACGGCCCCGUCGCAACAAAAAGAAACGCACCGACACCAAAUGAAAAGAAAGAAAAAAAAAAAAGUUUUAAUAAUUUUUUUUUUUUUUUCGAUUGCUCAAAACCGUGCACACACACGAACACAGGAAACAAACUCGCAGUAAAAAAAAACUUAAAUUCAUUUAAAAUUUUUCUGGCCGGACCGAAAAAAACAAAACAAAACAAGGGGAUUUCUUUAAAUAUUUUUUUUUGCAAUUUUUAAUUAGAGAAAAAGAAACAAAACAAACACAUCCCCCUUUGAAUGAUUCGCGUUUUUGCGUGCGUGUGUGUGCGCGUGAUUGUGUGUGUUAACUGUGUGUGUCGGAUCCUCCCAAUAUUUCUCUGCACUUUUCCACCUGCCCCCUCCCCUCCCCAACAACAAAACAAAACAAUUUAUUGUCUUUUCUUGCAGCUAAACAUCCUCCGGUUUCCAGUUGUCCAUUCAACGACUGCUACUAAACAGCAACUAAAUUAAUGAAAUGACAAUUAAUAAUUUAUUCUCCUAUCCAAUUUUUGUUUGUUUGUUGAACUAUAACUGCCUCCCCAAAUUUUUUUCUCUUCUAUUUAUUCGUUGUAGUUGUUUUUUUGUUUGUUUCUUUUGUUUUGUUUUUUCAAAAUCUGUCCCUCUCUCUCUGUUCUCUCUCUUUUUAUUUUGUCGGUUGUUGUCUCCUUAUGGCAAAGCAACAACAGAAUUCCCUCAACACACAAAGAUAUGUACAUUGUGCGACCAAAUAAUACACACCACAACAAUCUCUUCCAAAAAACUCCAAAAAACAAA